GGCAGCGGGACUGGCCGCCCUGAGCACAUGCACCGCCGUCUCAGGCUGCAGCUGGAAAGUCACUCGGCGGCCGGCUGCGUCUGGGAGGCAUCAGCCGCUGGAGCUGGGGGCUCCCUCCGUCCCGGCUCCGGGCCCCCUGCGGCCUGACUCAGGCGCGGGGCACAGGAGGCGCCGCUCCCGUAAGUGACUGAACGGGGACAUGAAGAGCCGAUAAUUCCGAUGACCGCCAUGUUGCAAAAGUCGGACAGCAAUGCCAGCUUCCUGCGCGCGGCCCGCGCGGGCAACCUGGACAAGGUGAUGGAGUUCCUGAAGGGCGGUGUGGACAUCAACACCUGCAACCAGAAUGGACUCAACGCCCUCCACCUGGCGGCCAAGGAGGGCCACGUGGGGCUGGUGCAGGAGCUGCUGGGCAGAGGGUCGGCCGUGGACUCCGCCACCAAGAAGGGGAACACGGCUCUUCACAUCGCCUCGCUGGCGGGACAGGCGGAGGUCGUCAAGGUGCUGGUCAAGGAAGGCGCCAACAUCAACGCCCAGUCCCAGAACGGCUUCACGCCCCUGUACAUGGCUGCCCAGGAGAACCACAUCGAGGUCGUCAAGUACCUGCUGGAGAAUGGCGCCAACCAGAGCACCGCCACCGAGGACGGCUUUACGCCGCUGGCGGUGGCGCUGCAGCAGGGCCACAACCAGGCGGUGGCCGUGCUCCUGGAGAACGACACCAAGGGCAAGGUGCGGCUGCCUGCCCUGCACAUCGCCGCCCGCAAGGACGACACCAAGUCCGCGGCGCUGCUGCUGCAGAGCGACCACAACGCCGACGUGCAGUCCAAGAUGAUGGUGAAUAGGACGACUGAGAGUGGCUUCACGCCCCUGCACAUCGCCGCCCACUACGGCAACGUCAACGUGGCCACCCUCCUGCUCAACCGGGGAGCCGCCGUGGACUUCACCGCCCGGAACGGGAUCACCCCUCUGCACGUGGCCUCCAAACGGGGAAACACAAACAUGGUGAAGCUCCUGCUGGACCGCGGAGGUCAGAUCGACGCCAAAACCAGGGACGGGCUGACACCGCUGCACUGCGCGGCCCGGAGCGGGCACGACCCGGCGGUGGAGCUGCUGCUGGAGCGGGGCGCGCCCCUGCUGGCCAGGACCAAGAACGGGCUGUCCCCGCUGCACAUGGCUGCGCAGGGCGACCACGUGGACUGCGUCAAGCACCUGCUACAGCACAAGGCGCCUGUGGACGACGUCACGCUGGACUACCUGACGGCCCUGCACGUGGCCGCGCACUGCGGCCACUACCGCGUCACCAAGCUGCUUCUGGACAAGCGGGCCAACGCCAACGCCCGAGCCCUGAACGGCUUUACUCCACUGCACAUUGCCUGCAAGAAAAACCGCAUCAAAGUCAUGGAGCUGCUGGUGAAAUACGGGGCUUCCAUCCAGGCGGUCACCGAGUCGGGCCUCACGCCUAUACACGUGGCCGCCUUCAUGGGCCACCUGAACAUUGUGCUGCUGCUGCUGCAGAACGGCGCCUGCCCAGACGUCACUAACAUACGUGGGGAGACGGCACUGCACAUGGCGGCCCGGGCGGGCCAGGUGGAGGUGGUGCGAUGCCUGCUGCGCAACGGCGCCCUGGUCGACGCCAGAGCCCGGGAGGAGCAGACGCCUCUGCACAUCGCCUCGCGCCUGGGCAAGACGGAGAUCGUGCAGCUGCUGCUCCAGCACAUGGCGCACCCGGACGCGGCCACCACCAACGGGUACACGCCCCUGCACAUCUCCGCCCGGGAAGGCCAGGUGGACGUGGCCUCGGUCCUCCUGGAGGCCGGGGCUGCCCACUCCUUAGCUACCAAGAAAGGCUUCACUCCGCUGCACGUGGCCGCCAAGUACGGCAGCCUGGACGUGGCCAAGCUGCUGCUGCACCGGCGCGUGGCGGCCGACUCGGCGGGGAAGAACGGCCUGACCCCGCUGCACGUGGCCGCCCACUAUGACCACCAGGACGUGGCCGUGCUGCUGCUGGAGCGAGGCGCCUCCCCGCACGCCACGGCCAAGAACGGCUACACUCCCCUGCACAUCGCCGCCAAGAAGAACCAGACGCAGAUUGCGUCCACGCUCCUCAGCUACGGGGCUGAGACCAAUGUGGUGACCAAGCAGGGCGUGACCCCGCUGCACCUGGCCUCCCAGGAGGGGCACGCGGACAUGGUCACCUCGCUCCUGGACAAGGGCGCCGACGUCCACACAUCGACCAAGAGCGGACUCACAGCCUUGCACCUCGCAGCCCAGGAGGACAAAGUGAACGUCGCCGACAUUCUCGUCAGGCACGGGGCGGACCAGGAUGCCCACACGAAGCUCGGUUACACUCCUUUAAUUGUGGCCUGUCACUAUGGAAAUGUGAAAAUGGUCAACUUCCUUCUGAAGCAAGGAGCCAAUGUCAACGCCAAAACCAAGAGUGGUUACACGCCCCUGCACCAGGCCGCACAGCAGGGCCACACACACAUCAUCAAUGUGCUGCUGCAGCAUGGGGCGCGACCCGAUGCCACCACCACGAAUGGCAACACGGCCCUGGCCAUCGCUAAGCGGCUGGGCUACAUCUCAGUGGUCGACACCCUGAAGGUUGUGACGGAGGAGGUCACCACCACCACGACAACGAUCACUGAGAAACACAAGCUGAAUGUUCCCGAGACCAUGACCGAGGUGCUGGACGUCUCUGACGAAGAGGCUCUUAAGCAGCCUGGUGACCGCGUUAUUGAUGGGGAAGUACUUAGUGACUCAGGAGACGACACGAUGACGGGGGACGGCGGGGAGUACCUGCGGCCCGAGGACCUGAAGGAGCUGGGGGACGACUCGCUGCCCAGCAGCCAGUUCCUGGACGGGCUGACGUACCUGCGCUACAGCCUGGAGGGCGGGCGCUCCGACAGCCUCCGGUCCUUCAGUUCCGACAGGUCGCACACCCUGAGCCACGCCUCCUACCUGAGGGACAGCGCCAUGAUCGACGACACCGUUGUGAUCCCCAGCCACCAGGUGUCAGCGCUCGCCAAGGAGGCGGAGAGGAACGCCUACCGCCUCAGCUGGGGCCCCGAGCACCUGGACAAUGUGGCCCUUUCUUCCAGCCCCAUCCACUCAGGCCGCACCUCUCCAUGUCUCGACCGUGACAACAGCAGCUUCCUGGUCAGCUUCAUGGUGGACGCCCGCGGGGGCGCCAUGCGCGGCUGCAGACACCACGGGCUCCGCAUCAUCAUCCCGCCGAGGAAGUGCACGGCCCCCACACGGGUCACCUGCCGCCUGGUGAAACGCCACCGCCUGGCGACCAUGCCCCCGAUGGUGGAGGGAGAAGGCCUGGCCAGCCGCCUGAUCGAAGUCGGACCCUCUGGCGCGCAGUUCCUGGGUAAACUCCACCUGCCAGCGGCUCCCCCCCCACUUAACGAGGGAGAAAGCUUGGUCAGCCGCAUCCUCCAGCUGGGGCCUCCUGGAACCAAGUUCCUUGGGCCCGUCAUCGUGGAGAUCCCGCACUUCGCUGCCCUGCGCGGGAAGGAGCGGGAGCUGGUGGUGCUGCGCAGCGAGAGCGGGGACAGCUGGAAGGAGCACGGCUGCGAGCACACGGAGGACGAGCUCAACGAGAUCCUCAACGGCAUGGACGAGGUGCUGGACAGCGCUGAGGACCUGGACCGUAAGCGCAUCUGCCGCAUCGUCACCCGUGACUUCCCGCAGUACUUCGCCGUGGUAUCCCGUGUCAAGCAGGACAGCCACCUGAUCGGGCCCGAGGGCGGCGUGCUGAGCAGCACAGUGGUCCCACAGGUGCAGGCGGUGUUCCCCGAGGGCGCGCUGACCAAGCGGAUCCGCGUGGGCCUGCAGGCGCAGCCCAUGCACGGCGAGCUGGUCAGGAAGAUCCUGGGGAACAAAGCGACCUUCAGCCCGAUCGUCACCUUGGAGCCCAGACGGAGGAAGUUCCACAAGCCCAUCACCAUGACCAUCCCCAUCCCCAAGGCCGCCAGCGACGUCAUGCUGAACGGUUUUGGGGGAGAUGAUCCGACCUUGAGACUCCUGUGCAGCAUCACAGGCGGGACCACUCCUGCGCAGUGGGAAGACAUCACGGGAACCACGCCAUUAACGUUUGUCAACGAGUGUGUUUCCUUCACCACCAACGUGUCUGCCAGGUUCUGGCUGAUCGACUGUCGGCAAAUCCAGGAGUCCGUCGCCUUCGCCUCCCAGGUGUACAGGGAGAUCAUCUGCGUGCCGUACAUGGCCAAGUUCGUGGUGUUCGCCAAGUCGCACGACCCCGUCGAGGCGCGGCUGCGGUGCUUCUGCAUGACUGACGACAAGGUGGACAAGACCCUGGAGCAGCAGGAGCACUUCGCGGAGGUGGCCCGCAGCCGGGACGUGGAGGUGCUGGAAGGAAAGCCCAUCUACGUUGAUUGCUUUGGCAAUCUCGUGCCAUUAACCAAGAGUGGCCAACAUCACAUAUUCAGCUUUUUUGCCUUUAAAGAAAACAGACUUCCUCUCUUUGUCAAGGUACGCGACACGACUCAGGAGCCGUGCGGACGACUGUCAUUUAUGAAGGAGCCCAAGUCCACGCGAGGCCUGGUGCACCAGGCCAUCUGCAACUUGAACAUCACCCUGCCUGUGUACAUCAAGGAGUCCGAGUCAGAUCCAGAGCAGGAGGAAGAGAUCGAUGUGACAUCAGAAAAAAACGAUGAGACAGAGUCGACAGAAACAUCUGUCCUGAAAAGCCAGCUGGUCACUGAGGCCCCAGCCCUGGCGAGCCCGGACCUGCUCUCGGAAGUCUCUGAGAUGAAGCAGGGCCUGCUGAAGAUGAGUGCCCUGCUGACCACAGAUGCGGCCGACAGGGCGGGGCCGCUCAGGGACAAGGAGCCGGCCGGGCCCUCCCAGGAGGAGCCGGGGGAGCCCUUUGAAAUCGUGGAGAAAGUGAAGGAGGACUUAGAGAAGGUGAACGAGAUCCUGAGGGGGGGGUGCUCAGAGGGGGAAGGCCGUGAGCCGGGGCCCCAGCAGGACGAGGAGUGGGUAGUUGUCAGUGACGAGGAGAUAGCAGAGGCCAAGCAGAGGGCGCCCCUGGAAGUCCCUGAGGUCCCCUGUGUGGAAGUGAGACUAGCGAGGGAGACCCCAGCCCAGGGACAGAAGGAUGCCACGGGGCUGGUCAACUACCUCAUUGAGGACCUGAGCGCCUACACGGCCGCUCCCAAAGGGGCCCCGCAGCCAGUGCCCCGUGCGGCCGGGGCCGGGCGCGCUGGGAGCCAGGGGAAGGACGUGCCCCGAGAGGGGACGCAGAGGGCGCAGAAGGAACGCAAGCCGGGCCUGGGCGUGAAGAAGCCGGCGCGGAGGAAGCUGAGGGAGGACCUGACGCAGAAUGAGGAGGGCGCACAGGCCAGCACGGGGCAGCCGGGGCUGCGGAAGGGCAGCUCCGAGGAGUCCGCGGAGGAGGACGCGGGGCUGGCUCCGGAGCCGCAGCCCGCGGGGAAGGCCACGUCGCCGCUGGUGGAAGAGACGCCCAUCGGCUCCAUCAAGGACAAAGUGAAGGCCCUUCAGAAGCGGGUGGAAGAUGAACAGAAAGGUCGAAGCAAGUUGCCCGUCAGAGUCAAGGGCAGAGAGGAGGUGCCCCGGAGGGCCAGCCCCAGGCUGCCGCCAGCCGCCUCGCCCCCUCUGAAGUCCGACAGGCGGGCACCUGCCCCCCCGACCUCCAAGGCAGACAGACACUCUUCCCUCGCCGCCUCCGCCAAGUCCGACAGGCAUCCUCCCCCGUCACCACCGAGUAAAACGGACAGACACUCGCCCGUGUCUCCCUCAACGAAGAACGACAGACCCUCGCCUGCAUCCUUGUCAGGCAAAAACGGGAAACACUCACCUGUGUCACCUUCAGGCAGAGCAGACAGACACCCACCUGCGUCGCCAUCGGGAAGGACGGAUAAACAUGCACCCGCAUCGCCGGGGAGGACAGACAAGCGCCUGCCCGUGUCCCCGGCGGCCAGGACGGAAAAGCACCCUCCAGGGCCAGCCCCUGGGAAAGCAGAGAAGCGCCUCUCGGCGCCCCCGUCUGGGAAAACGGAAAAGGCAGCCCCCGUGUCCCCCACCUCGAGGACCGAGCGCAUCGAGGAGACCAUGUCCGUGCGGGAGUUGAUGAAGGCCUUUCAGUCAGGUCAGGACCCGUCCAAACACAAGGCCGGACUCUUCGAGCACAAAUCCCCCAAACCAAAGCCGCCGCAGGAAAAGGGCCGGGCUCGGGCAGAGAAAGAAAAGGGGCAGGGGCCCGCCCAGAGAGAGACCCAGAAAACCAGGAGUCCGCCCCCCAAGCCCGGCCAGAGGUUCCCGGGAGCUGUGGCCACAGGCGCCUCCGGGCCGAGAGAAAACGCCGCUGGAGGGAAGGAGCCGGUGUCGGGCCACAGGAUGCCGCCACCCGUGGGGCAGGCCCUCGGGGAGGAGCCGGACGAGGGGGGCAAUGGGGACCCCCAGAUCAGCCCCGACCGCAGAACCUCCACCGACUUCUCGGCGGUGAUUAGGCAGGAGCUGGAGGACAACGCCCGGUACCAGCAGUUCUGCCACCGGGAGGAGCCGGAGCCGGCGGAGGCGCAGCUGGUCCCGGAGCAGGUGCUCACCAGCCCCUUCCCCAGGGCCUUCCAGCCAGAACCGGACAGCGGGGAGCUGCUCCCAGGCCUGGCCUUCCGCCUGGAUGGCAGCUGGGAGAACCUGCGGCAGGAGGGGCCCGUGGGGUCCCCGUGUGGCAGCCUGAUGGAGGGGACCCCCCAGGCCAGCUCAGAGGAGAGCUACAAGCACGAGGGCCUGGCCGAGACCCCCGAGACCAGCCCAGAGAGCCUUUCUUUCUCACCAAAGCAAAGCCAGGAGCAACUUGGGGAGCCCAGUGAAACCACCCCCUUAGAAACAGACAGUCAUUCUGGUGAAGAGCGGCCCUCCACCAAAGACACUGGCGACGCUACCCGAGAGCCUGGCGUGGCUGUCACCGGGGGCUCUGAGCCCGCAGCCAGGGGCGUGAAGGAGGCCACCCCGGACCUGCCCAGAGAGACGGGCCCCACCCCCGGCGGCGGCGACCUGGGCCACUGUGCUGUGUCCCCAGCGAAGGAGGCUCCUGCCCGUCCGACUGAGGACGUGCCCGGUGAGGACGGUCCACCUGCCCACGAGACACGGACUGAGCCCCGAGCUCAGAGACCCACAAGCCCCGAGCCCGAGGCCCCCACGGCGACUGGCCAGGCCCAGGCCGCCCCCCGCAGCCCUCCAGGCCUGGAGCUGCCCCUCCGUCAGCCCGACACCGAGGUCCUCAGCCCCGGGGCCGACGAGUCCCUGGCGGUGAGCCACCAGGACUCCCUGGAGGCCAGCCCCGUGCUGGAGGACAACUCCUCCCACAAAACCCCGGACUCCCUGGAGCCCAGCCCCCUGCGCGAGUCCCCGUGCCGCGACUCCCUGGAGGGCAGCCCUGUGGAGCCCAAGGUGAAGGCCGGCGUCUUCCCGGGCCCCUCCCCUCUCCCCGCCGCUGUCGCCAGAGCGGAGCUCCUCUCCGAGGGGGCCUCCGUGCGGGCCCGGCUGCUCCGCGACCCCGACGGCAGCGCCGAGGACGACAGUCUCGAGCAGACGUCCCUCGUGGAGAGCUCAGGGAAGAGCCCCCUGUCCCCCGACACCCCCAGCUCCGAAGAAAUCAGCUACGAGGUCACCCCGAAGGCCUCAGACACAAGUCCCCCCAAACCAGCUGUGAUUCCCGAAUGUGCGGAGGAGGACAUGGAAAACGGGGAGAAAAAGAGGUUCACCCCUGAGGAGGAGAUGUUUAAAAUGGUCGCCAAGAUCAAGACCUUUGACGAGCUCGAGCUAGAAGCCAAGCAGAAGAGGGGCCCCCGGAGAGAGCCCGAGCCCGAGGGCCCUUCCUCCUCCCAGCCCGAAACCGCGCGUCCGGCGGCCGUGGGCGGGCCGCGGGGGCAGGACACCGAGGACAGGCGUGGCGUCCCCGUGGUGGUGACUGCCGGCAGCGGGACCGCGUCCUCCUCCUCGGAGAGCGAGCCGGAGCUGGGGCUGCAGAGAGCGGGCGCCGACCCAGGCCUGCUCCCGGAGCCGGUCAUCCACGUGCAGCCGCCGUCCCCGCUCCCAUCCAGCGUGGACUCCAGCUCCAGCCCCGAGGAAAUGCCCUUCCAGCCGACCGCCUCCAAGCAGUACACGUUCAGGGUGCGCGAGGACACGGAGGGGCCCAGGGCAUCAGGAGAAGAAGCGUGCGCACCCCAUCCGCCGGAAGGCAGCCAGGCGGGUCGCCCCGGGGGCCCGGGCCCGGCCUCCGACGGCCUGGACAGAGAUGCUGACCAGCCCGAGCUCUGCGCGGGCCUCGGGUGUGAAGCGGGAAGCACAGGCAGCUGGGCCUCGCCCGGCCCCUCAGGUCCCUGUGGCGCCCCGCAUGCUGAGGUCCACGGGGAGCUGGCUGGCUGGGAGGAGCCGUCGGCCCCGCAGCCCCUGGAGAAGGAGGACUCGGAGGGAGAGGCGCACCCAGGAGCUGCGCUCCCCGGCGAAGGCUCUUCACCGCCGCCCCCGGGGCCUGAUGGUCCAGCAUCUGAAGGAAGAGGGUCAGAGGAAGACCUCCUCUCUGCACCUCCCACCACGGAAACGGGGGCCGCGGGGCCCGGCCACGCCCCCAGGGCCUGCCCCACGCUCGCCGCCACCACCGCUCACACUGACACACUGUCCACAGACGGCCCGGGCUCCGACCGCGCCGGGACCGAGGACGCCUGUGACCUUCACGUCACAAGCCCGUAUGAAAACGUUCCUCCCCAGUCUUUUUUCUCCAGCGAAGAGAGCAAAACCCAGACAGAGGCGAGAUACACGAGCUUUCACUCGACAGAAGCGUGCUCUGUGGCCAUCACGUCCUCGGCGGAAGGCGUGGCGGUGGUCCGCUCUUCCCGUGCCACCGUUUCCAGCAGAGAGUGCAGCUUUGAGGGCCAGAGCACGAAAUCCACGCAAGAAAGCACCUUGUGGGAGACGCAGGCGGAUGGCGCCCCUGCGUCCCUCAGGCCCCCGCGGCCCUGCGCCGCUGCAGUCCCCGGCGAGCAGGUGAGCACAGUCGUCAUCACCACCAGCCACGUGGACUCGGAUUCCUGGAGCGAGAUCCGCGAGGAUGACGAAGCCUUCGAGGCCCGCGUGAAGGAGGAGGAGCAGAAGGUGUUCGGUCUGAUGGCGGACAGGCCGUCCCGGGGCACCACCCCAGACACCACGCCGGCCCGGACCCCCACCGAAGAGGGCACCCCAACCGGCGACCAGAACCCGUUCCUGUUUCAGGAGGGCAAGCUGUUCGAGAUGACCCGGAGCGGUGCCAUCGACAUGACCAAGAGGUCCUACGCCGAGGACGGUUUUCACUUUUUCCAAAUUGGGCCGGACUCCCAGGAGGAGACCGUCUCUGAGGACGUGGCAGGAGGCGGGGCUGCCGCCGAGCCCUCAGCGCCGGAGACACCAGCUCGGUCACUGGCACCUUCAGAAUCAAAAGACACAGACCUGGCUGACGCGCUCCCCUCGGACCCGAGUGAGGAGGGAGCGGGAGCCCCGGCUUCCGACAGUCACUUCUGCUCCCCGACAGGGAUCCCAGCCCCCCUGGACACGUCGGUUGCCUCUGUGGGCGCCGAGGACCUGCCCCCCACGCCCGGGGGCGCCACACCUCCUCCGCCCGCUGUCCAGGUCCCGGUGGCCGUCUCCGCGGUCACUGGGUCCGGAGCCUCAGGACAGGAUGGUGCCUCUCCUGACUCCUCCCCGGAGGAGCAGAAGUCAGUCAUUGAGAUCCCCACGGCAGCCACAGAGAACGUGCCUCCUUCGGAGAGCCAGUCCCAGGGCCCCGUCCGGCCCGGGCCCCCUGCCGAGGAGAGCCUGCUGCCCAGCCCAGGUGAGGACAGGAGCGAGCAGGAGACAAAGCCCAGGUCUAAAAUCCCCGUGAAGGCGCCCCCCCACGCAGCCGGGCCGCAGCCUUCGCCUCUGCACUCCUCCCUGCAGAAGACGGGGCCUCCUCAGGGACAGGACGUGCCAGGCAGGGCCGCAGAUGCCAGGGGCACCUCUGACUCAGAGGCCAGGCCUUGGGACUCAAAGACCAGAAGUCCAGCGAAAGCUCCAAGCUGUGCUGAGGCCGAAGCAGAGAGCGGGGAGUGGGCGGAGGAGCUCACCCUCGAGUCGGAGGCCGCAGCCUCGAGACCCAAGGUGUUUGCCUCCCGCCUGCCGGUGAAGAGCAGAGGCGCCCCAUCUUCCUGCAGGGGGGCCCCAAGCCCCACCCGGGAGAGCAGGGAGCACUUCCUUGACCUUUACAGGGACUCCAUAGAGUUCUUCGAGGAGAUUAGUGAGGAGGCGUCCAAGCUAGUGGACAGGCUCAGCCAGGCAGAGAGGGAGCAGGAGGCAGUCUCGGAUGACGAGAGCAGUAGCGCCCUGGAAGCCUCGGUGAUCGAGAGCCUGCCACCUGCCGCGCCCGAGCGCGCGGGCCCUGAGGACAUCUUUGACGCCAGGCCCAUCUGGGAUGAGCCCAUUGAGACUCUGAUUGAGCGCAUCCCCGAUGAGAGUGGCCAUGACCCCACGGAAGAUCAGCAGGAUGCGCAGGAGCGGCUGGAGGAGCGGCUGGCCUACAUCGCCGACCACCUGGGCUUCAGCUGGACAGAACUGGCCCGAGAGCUGGACUUCUCCGAGGAGCAGAUCCACCAGAUCCGGGUGGAGAACCCCAACUCCCUGCAGGACCAGAGCCACGCGCUGCUCAAGUACUGGCUGGAGCGGGACGGGAGGCUGGCCACGGACACCAGCCUCAUCGAAUGCCUCACCAAGAUCAACCGCAUGGACAUUGUGCAUCUCCUGGAGACCAGCACGGAGCCGCUCCUGGAGCGCGCCAGCCACAGCUACGCCGAGAUGGAGCAGACCAUCACGCUGGACCACAGCGAAGGGUUCUCGGUGCUGCAGGACGAGCUGCCCGCGCGGCACCCGCAGGCCCACGAGCACGCAGCGUCCCGAGCAGGCGAGGCCUGUGGUCACCCCCCUCUCGUCUCUGACGAAGACCUCUCCAUCAGCUGCUCCAUGGUCCACGAUGGCACCUCCCGGACGGACGGGGACAGCCCCGCUGGGGAGCGCCUCCCCCAGGAGCGGGUGCGCGGGGGCCCGGCGGGGACAGGGACGCCCGAGGAGCCGGCCCCGGGGCUGCAGUCGCAGUGCUGUGUGACCAGCCCGUGGACACCAGGGCCAGACACCGCAAAGGCCACGGCAGCCCCAGGCUCUCCCAGCAGGACCCCCGAGGAGGAUAGGCCCCACCAGCCCGCCCCGCCGCCCCGGGAGCGGGCCGACUCGCCCCUCGUGCAGGAGCCCGGGGAGUUCAGGGAGGCCAGCUCUCCGAGGAGGAACAGCCUAGUGAUCGUGGAGUCGGCCGAUGAGCAGCCACCGGCCUUCGAGAGCCUCGAUGCAGACUCAGCGUUUCAGAAGGAGCUCACGGCCGAGCUGGGCGAGCUGGAAGCCAGCUCCGAUGAGGAGGCGCUGGUCACCACCAGGGUUGUCCGCCGGCGGGUGAUCAUUCAGGGAGACGACGUGCCUGACCUGCCCCCAGAAACGGUCACGGAGGAGACAUACGUGGACGAGCACGGGAACACGGUGGUGAAGAAGGUCACCAGGAAGGUCACCCGGCGGUUCGUGUCCGCGGACGGCGCCGAGCGGGAGGAGGUCACCGUGCAGGGGCGGCCGCAGGAGCCCGUCAGCCUCGCGGACGCGGACGCCUACUCCAAGGUCGUCAAGCGCGUGGUGCUGAGGAGCGACACGGAGCGGGCCGAGGUGGCUGUGUCUGAGCCCGGCGCCCUGUGCGAGGCCUCGCAGUUCCAGGCGGAGCCCGUGGAGGGCCGCCGUGUCAGCAAAGUCGUCAAAACAACGGUGGUGCGUGGAGAGAGGAUGGAGAAGCAUCUGGGGGACCCCCGUGUCGCCCCUGACCUUCCCUCGGCCAAAGACGACUUCGAGCAGGCUCUGAGUUACACGGGCAGCCACGAGAAAGUCCACGCUCCCAGCUUAGUGGAGGAGGAGGUCCUGAGAGAGGACGGAUCAGUCGUGAAAAGGACCACGCUCCGUAAGGCCCGCACGCAGAAGCGGGCCGUGGUGAGGGACCGGCGUGGGAAGCGCGUGCACCUGGAGUCCCUGGAGGAUGUGCCCGAGGCCCUGCAGCGGGACGACCUCCAGCGCGACCUCCAGCAGCUCCUGCGGCACUUGUGCGGGGACGACCUGGAGCAGGAGGCCACGUGAGGCCGGCCCCCCGGACCCUCAGCCACGGCGCCGAUGUGAGACACCUGCCCGCCCCCCCACCCCCACGCUGAGCACGCUCCCUGGUUAGUGUCCCCUUAACUGUCAGCUAAUCUGUGACCAAAGAGAGCCUCCCCCGGUGCUGGGUCCCGGCUCCUGGCCUCCGGCUGCCCUGGGAACUGGCGCUCACCCUCCUCCCCUUCGCCCAGCCCCACGGGGCCUCGACCUUGGCUCCCACAGACUCUCCCGUGACAGCAGGCGACAGGCGUCCCCGCACAAGUGCGGGCGUCCGGGUACCAUGUACAUAGAAAAGGCUCAGAUGAGCACACGGUGGGUGAGAGCCACGGCCUGGUGUCACCACGUGGGCACCGGGAGCAGGGGCCCUGGAAACACCGGACAUGGAAGCUCAGGGGUCGUGGACACAACUGGAGGACAGCACGCCCGGCCGCUGCAGGAGAGGCACCUCCGCCCGCCCGUCCUGCCACCAGCACAGCCACGGCUGGGAGCCCCGGCCCGCCGCCCCCGGCAGGCAGGGAGCAGGGCGUCCAGGUGCUAGCAGCUGCCCGGGCCUCCUAGCGUCGUCAGGUCUCUGAUUUCGGACACGUUGGCAGGGUAUCGACGAGCUGUCCCGCUGUAGUCUCCAGAUCUCAUUGCUGCUGAGCAAACCGCGCUGUCUUACCCGUGGCCCCUCCUCCGGCCGCGGCUCUGUAGAUACCGCCUUGGGAACAGGACCUGCCCAGGACACACAGACCAGACUCCUCGCUGUGGGGGAGGGGCUCCCCUCCCCUCUCUCCGGUUCACUCUCCACUGGCGCCUGCAUGUCACAUCUGAAACCCUCCCAGUUCGGACCCUCUUCCCGUGCGGUGGCGGUUUCCACGCCCUCCCCGGGGCGGUGAGCUCGCAGGAGAGAUGGAGGCAUCCUCACCAGUUUCAUUUUGGUUGAAAUUUGGGGUUUAUUUAUUUGAAAUCCAGACUCCCUUGGGAACCAGGGGGUGCCUGUGUGCGCCUCCCUGGGUGUGUGUUUCAGAGGGCGGGCGGCCGUCCUCAUCCCCUGGCGUAUUGCAAGUAUAUUCCUAUGCACAGAGCAUCUCUGGAUCAGUUAUUUAUGAAAGAGAAGUAUAUCCAACAGAGAUGACUUUUAAAACAGACCCGGCUCUCUCCUGGCGGACGGAGCCCUUCCCGAUGCCAGCCGGUCUUUUCCUGUCAAGCAGAAAUGAGUCGCUGCCCCCAAGGUCACGACGGGGACCGGUGCCGGCGCGGCAUUUGGGGAGCGUCACCCCGAGGGUUUCCUGGGCGGGAGUGUCACAACCAGGCCUGACCCCCGUGCCAGCGCGCCGGGCCUCUGGGCAGGAAGGAAGCUUCGUCCGGCAGCCGGUGUGGAGACGGCGCCUUCGGACCCUCCCUGAUGGAGAGAGUGUGGCUGUUGUGUAACUUGCCGUGCUGGGGACGCCUGUGUGACGUUCUCCACCUUUGUUUUGAAUUUUGCUGUGUGAUCAGAAAACUUGAAUCCUGUGAGAAGAAGUGCAUUUUCAGUUGACGAAUCAGCAUCUUGUUCCCAUGGCGAUAACCCUAAUGACUAUACCUAUGAGGCAUGUUCCAGUUAAUGGGGAAAGUGCACCACUAACCACACGUAGCUGCAGACCGUGUACCAUGGCUGAUUAACCUAAAUAAAACGUACAAGUGUC